AGGAUUCUUCUACAACUCCAAUAUGAUUGAGGCUAGUGAUCAUGUUGAAAACACUGCAGGGUUUGCACUUGCCACUGGUGCUGGAAACGAUAACACCAGUGCAAAUCUUGCUCCCAAACUUGUUGAUGAUGAGAUGAAAAGGCCUUCAAAUAUUUUCUCCAGGAUGUUGCAGAUCUCUCCUAAUCCAAAGUUGCCUAUACCGCCGGCUUCUGAUUCUCAAGGGCUGGCGCCGACUUCUCCGAGGGGCUUCAAGGCUCCUCCACUGUUAAUAUCAACCAAUCAUAAUCUGAAUGACACCAAAUGUUGCUUGAUGGUGGAGAGCCCUGGUCUGCAGAUCUCGUCUCCGAGAAAUACGGGCAUCAAGCGAAGGAAGAGUCAGGCGAAGAAAGUAGUUUGCAUACCGGCUCCAACACCUGCAAACAGCAGAGCCAGUGGAGAAGUUGUCCCUUCAGAUCUUUGGGCUUGGAGAAAGUACGGCCAGAAACCCAUUAAAGGCUCCCCUUAUCCAAGAGGUUACUAUAGAUGCAGCAGUUCAAAAGGUUGUUCGGCGAGGAAGCAAGUAGAGCGAAGCCGAACCGACCCCAAUAUGUUGGUGAUCACAUAUACUUCGGAGCACAAUCAUCCGUGGCCAACGCAGAGAAACGCUCUUGCAGGCUCCACAAGAUCUCAGGCCUCUAAGAACUACAGUGCUGCAAAGAAUUCACCAAAUUCUCAGGCACAAAGACCUAAAUCCCCAAAAGAAGAGCAGAAGGACAUAAGUAGGGAAAAUACAGUAUCCUCAUCGGGUAUUGACACGAAUUCGGCCGCUGUGAAAGAGGAGACGGAUCAGGAGUUUGAUAAUCAGUUUGAGAUGGAUGACACUGAAUUUGUUGAAGUUUUUCCACCGAGCUACAAGCCCACAUUGUCAGACUCAAACCACACUGAAGACAGCUUCUUCGCGGAUUUGGGAGAAAUUGAAGCUGACCCUUUGGAUCUCCUCUUCACGCAAGGAUUUCCCGGUGACGAGGGGCGAGAAAACAAGGUUUUAGAUCCAUUCAGCUUUUAUGAGUGGGCAGGAAAUAACAGCAAUAUGACCGUCGCCACCAACACCACUGCCAGCGCCACCACAUCUUAUGGAGAAUCUAAGAGGGAUUCGUAAUAGGAUUCUCAACAAACAUCAAAGGCCCCCCACUCAGAAACACAGAGUGGGGGUGUGGCGGUUUGUAGCAUUGAAGGUGAGGCCAUGCAUGGGGGAAGUUUCUGUUGAUUUUUUAUUUUAAAGAUGAGUUUAUUAUUUCUACAUAUAGAGUUACUUUUUUCAACUUUGAUCUUUUAAUUCCCCACUAAUUAAUUAAUAUAUGUGGAGUGUUUAGGAAAGAAAUAAAUUGUAGAGUGAGGGAAUUAAAUUGGAGUGGUGGAGAGGUAGUUAAUUAGAUGAUGCAGUCUCCCAUUGGUUGGAAUAAUGGUGGAUGGGACAGAAAGGUGAGGAACAGAAGUUUGAACAGUGAACAAAAGUACAUCAAUCAGAUAUGAGUAGAAAGCUCAAUGAAGGGGUUAUGAUGGAUGAUGUUAGAUUUGACUCCCCACACAUCUUCCCAGCAGCAGUGGGAGGAUCAAUUAUUCAGCAAAGCAUAAGCAGGCUGGCGUGCUCCGAUCCUUUUUCCGGCACAAACAAGGGCACGCCGUCCUUAAUUACAAUCAAAACCAAAUAAACUAUUCUUUCAAGAUUGCAUGUGGCUGUUAAUCAAUUACUUUGUAAUAUAACAUAUACAUACGUUGUCGAAUUAAUGUUGGUAAGAUGGAGUUUGAUGUUUUCUA